AUGAGUGAAGCUGAAGCCCCCAAGCCUGUCGAGGCUCUCCAGCCCGAGGCCGAGGCUGCUCCUGCUGUCCAGCCUACCGAAGAGAAGCCUGCCGAGGAACAGUCAGAGCAGAAGACCGAGGAGGUCUCAGAAAAGUCAGAAGAGAAGCCUGAGGAGAAGAAGGAGGUCCUCAAGACUACCGCCAAGCACGACAACGAGAACCCUCGCAACAACCGCAAAUUUGACCCUUCCAGCCGCGAGGUGACUGAUGACCCCGAUGCCAUCCGCAAGCAGGUCGAGUUCUACUUUGGUGACUGGAACUUCCCCCAAGACAAGUUCAUGUGGGAGUCAUGCGGCGGAAGCGAAAACAAGCCCAUGAAGGUCAAGACUAUCCACUCUUUCAAGCGCAUGCGAACAUUCCAGCCUUACAGCGCCGUUAUUGCUGCUCUCAAGGAUAGCAAGGUCCUCGACCUCUCCGGCGAGGAGGGCGAGGAGGAGGUCAAGCGCAAGACCCCUUACCAGGCCAUGACCGCCUCCAAAUCUAAGGUCGAGGCUGCUACCGUUUACGUCAAGGGCUUCGGUGACGAGGCUCCCAACACUCAAUUCGAUCUCGAGAGCUUCUUUGCGCAGUUCGGCGAGGUUAAGGGCCUUAAGCUCCGACGCACGAACGAGAACCUCUUCAAGGGCUCUGUCUUCGUCACAUUUGCCGACGAGGAGGAGGCCAACAAAUUUAUCAAGAUGGACCCUGCUCCCAAGUGGAACGACCAUGACCUCAAGAUCAUGAGCAAGCGUGCUUACUGCGACGAGAAGAACGAUCUCAUCCGACAAGGGAAGAUCGAACCCAACCACAGCAACCCUCGCAAGUUUUACGAGGGUAAGGAGUCCGGUAAGGCUGGACGUGGUGGUCGUCCACGGGGAGGCAACGACGACUGGAAGCAGCGACGGGACAACGACCAAAAGAACGGCUUCAAGGACCGACGAGGUGGUCGAGGUGGCCGAGGCGGUCGAGGAGGUCGUGGAGGUCGUGGCCGUGGCCGUGGUGGACGCGAUGGUGGUCGUGACCGAGACCAGCAGAAGGACGAGGCCAAGCACAGCAGCAAUGACACUAUGCCCCGUAUCCAGUCUACCGCCAACGAGUCCACCGAUAACAAGAAGCGAGGUCGUGAGGAGGGUGCCUCUGCUGGCGAGCCCGCCGCCAAGAAGGUUGACGUCAAGGCUGAGUAG